UUUAAUUCACCCUCUCGAACUGAAUAUUGCUUUCCUUCCCGAAAUUCUGCGGCUUGUAAUUGAUUAUUACCAGAAGUGCCAGGACUUCCGUCACAGUGUCACCAUGUCCCUACUGAACCAGUUAGGAGAGACUUUGAAAGAGGCGCAUUUAGAAGAAAGAGCACACCAUUUAAAGCACAAAGUUGGCAAGUUUUUCAACAUUGUGAACCCAAACCAUCGUCACGAUGAGGAGCAUGAGCAAGCAACAGAUCGAAAGAGAACUGCUAUUAGCGAGUCACAUAGGUUCGAAUCAUUCGCUCCAAUUCGUGAAGGCAAUCAGGUGAAGUGGUAUGUCGAUGCUCUCGACUAUCUUUGGGCUGUUUCCGUGGCUCUGGAUCAAGCAAAGGAGGUGAUUUACAUCGCGGAUUGGUGGCUCUCGCCGGAAUUAUUUCUACGACGUCCUCCGUUUCAGGAACAGGAAUGGCGAUUGGAUCAAGUUCUGAAGCGCCGAGCUGAAGCAGGGGUGAAAAUUUAUGUGAUUGUGUACAAGGAAGUGAACCAAGCUCUGACAUGUAAUUCAGCUCAUACAAAGCAUGCUCUGCGAAAUCUGUGUCCCGAAGGAAGCCCUGGUCAUGGGAACAUCAAAGUCCUUCGCCAUCCAGAUCACAACAUUUUUGAGAAUGCGGCUGAUAUGACCCUGUAUUGGGCCCAUCACGAAAAAUUUAUCGUUAUUGACUACGCUUUGGCUUUCAUUGGAGGCAUUGAUCUGUGCUUUGGAAGAUGGGACGCGAACCAGCACCCUUUGGCCGACGUUCACCCGUCAAACCUGAGAAACGAAAUAUUCCCGGGACAAGACUUCAAUAACAAUCGAAUCAUGGACUUCCAAAGUGUGGGGCAGUGGCAGGCAAAUGAGCUGAGCAAGGCACAGUACGGCCGAAUGCCCUGGCAUGACGUUGCGAUGGGCUUAAUUGGAGACUGUGUAUACGAUAUUGCGGAACAUUUUGUCCUCCGGUGGAACUUCAUCAAGCGUGACAAGUAUAAACGAGAUCGUGGUGUUGACUGGCUCAUGCUUGAGGGUCGCACUGGAGAAGACGAGGAUCUCGUUGCAGUUCAGCGUCCAAAGUAUCCCUGUGGUGAAUACGUACAACAUCCGUUUUCUCCUCUAAGCGCCAGACCUCGCGGACUGCAAGGAUCCGUGCGGGCACAAAUCGUGCGUAGCAGCGCUGAUUGGAGCAGCGGCAUUCUGACUGAGCACAGCAUCCAGAAUGCCUACAAGGAAAUUAUCAGCAAAGCAGAGCAUUUUGUCUAUAUUGAAAACCAAUUUUUCAUCACUGCCACUGGUGAUGAACAAAAGCCUAUUCUCAAUACCAUCGGACGCUCCAUCGUCGACGCCUGCGUUCGAGCGGGUAAAGAAGGGAGGAAAUUCCGAGUUAUUAUCGUAAUACCCUGUAUUCCCGGAUUUGCUGGAGACCUUCGACAGAAGGAAGCGACAGGGACCAGGGCAAUCAUGGACUAUCAAUACAAGUCAAUUAACAGAGGCGAGCACUCCAUUUUUGGUCAAAUAGCGGCCCACGGCAUUGAUCCUAAGCAGCACAUCUUUGUAUUCAACCUGCGCGCUUGGGAUAGAAUCAACAAGACCCCUGCGUUGGAAGAAUUGGAAAAAGAAGCCGGUAUCACGUAUCACGAUGUCCAACGAGGUAUUGCCGAGUCCAUUACAAGUGAUAGCGUCCAUCCAGCUAUUGGUAAAGAAGGUGACAAGAACGAGGUUGGAUAUGAUGACGCACAGAAAGAGAGAGAAGAGCGCAUCGCGAGGUUACAGAAGUAUGAGAAGCAGUGUGAAAUUCACAAAUCCAUUCAAACUGUCGAAAGUAAGGACAGUCUCGCGCACCUUACGAUGCUCAACGGGGGUACGCUAGUCAACGAACUUUGGGAGGGCGAUCCUGAAGCAGAAAAGGAAAACUUUGUUCAGGAAGAGCUGUAUGUUCAUGGAAAGGUCUGUAUUGUGGACGAUAGGGUUGCAAUUUGUGGCAGCGCCAAUAUUAAUGAUCGAUCACAACUUGGGUAUCACGACAGCGAGCUAGCCAUCGUUGUCGAAGAUCAAGACUUCAUUGAUAGCAUGAUGGAUGGUAAGCCCUACCAGGCCGGACGCGUUGCAGCAACACUCCGACGCCAGCUGUGGCGGGAACAUUUAGGGCUGCUCCCCGCACAGGAUUAUGACGCUUCGGAGCACCCAAAUGCGCAGCCACCAACCACUUGCAUGAAUGAGAUUCUCGAGGGACCAGAGAACGAAUUCGUCAAGGACCCACUGAACGAUGAACUCUGGAACACUUGGACCGGGCAGGCCAGUGUCAACACUGACAUAUAUCGAGUUCUUUUCCGCGCAGACCCGGACGAUAAUAUCCGAACAUUUGAGGAGUACAAUACGUUCCGAGGAAAUAGCGGGCAGAAGUUAGGCCAUCUGUACGAUCCGUACGUGCCGGUCAAGGAGGUCCGAGAGAAGCUCGAUAAGAUCAAGGGACAUUUGGUGUGGAUGCCGCUGGAUUUCCUGAAAGACGCUGAAAUGGCCGAACCCGGUCUACAGGUCAAUCAAAUUACAGAGAGCAUCUAUACAUAGUGAGAGCUGCAAGGCCAGCGGUCACUCAGUUAAAAAUACCCGUCCGGGUACUGUAGUUAGGUGUAUAUUACAUAUAAAUUGUGGUAUCAGAUUGCCGUUUGGAAAUCACCAUCUAUCCUGGAGGGUAGAUCCUCG